AAAAAAAAUAAAAUAAAAAUAAAAACCAAAAACGAUCCAAAAAAAAUUACAACCGUUGAUAUUAUUCAGAUCCAACGACCGACAUUACUCCGUAUAUGCAUGAUUAAUCUUCCUCCUUCGUUAACAUUUUUCCAUCUCCUUUGGAGCUCAACUCUUUUACACUGCACCUCCUUUCUCUUUCCUCCAUUGAAGUGCAUUACCUGAAUUCUCCAUUGAAGCGGCUUUUGACCUUUCUCACUCCUCCGUUAAAGCACCUUCUAAAGGUUUUUGUUUGAUCGAGGAUGGGAUGGAAGGCAGCUCAAAAACUUAUAAGGAAUUGGAAGAUUCUUCGAGGUGAUAAUGUGAUGAUUAUCAGAGGCAAAGAUAGAGGUGAAACCGGCACCAUUAAGCGGGUGAUUCGGUCUCAAAAUCGUGUCAUUGUCGAGGGAAAAAACCUUGUCAAAAAACAUAUCAAACAAGGGCAAGGGCACGAAGGUGGUAUUUUUACAGUUGAAGCCCCACUGCAUGUCUCAAAUGUGCAAGUUGUUGAUCCGGUUACUGGAAAACCUUGCAAGGUAGGAAUUAGAUAUCUAGAGGAUGGUGGAAAAGUCAGAAUUGCAAGAGGUAUAGGAGCAUCAGGGUCCAUAAUCCCUCGCCCUGAAAUUUUGAAGAUAAGGACCACACCAAGGCCUACUGCUCCUGGUCCUAAGGAUACCCCAAUGGAUUACGUGCUGGAAAAGACUUAUGAUUAUAAAUCUGGAGAGGGCAUGCCAAACCUUUAAGGGGGUUAAAUAUCUUUUUCUUCUGCUACUAUUAGUUCAGCUAGGUGUAUCCGAUAGCUAAAGCAUUUGCUCCAUGACAUGCAUAUCUUCAUUAGCUAAUGGAGUAGUUUUUCUUAAUUGUUUUGAGCUUAAUAAUUCUUUGCUUAUACAAAAAGAACUUAUCCAAGUGAUUUGUUCAUUUGCAGAUUGAUCUAUUGUGUCGUGUGUUUUGUUUUCC